GAGCUGCUGCCUUUUUUCCACAGCUGAAGAAGUUGGAUCAGGCCGUGUCUGCCGCUCACACCUUCUUCGUUGCUAAUCCACAGCACCUCCAAAUGCGGGAGGACAUAGAAAAGUACCGGCGUAUGUCAGGGGUGAAGUCAAAUAACUUCCGGGACCUGGAGGCUACACCGCACUGGGAAGCAUAUGAGGCUGGUGUGCAGCACUACAAUGCAGAUGAGUACCUGCAGGCUGUGGUCAGGCUGGAGGAGUCACUCACAGAGACGCUGUCAGCACUAGAAGAGUGUCGCGCCCUGUGUGAAGGGCCUUGGGAGGAUGAGGACGAGGAGGAGGAGGAGAUGCAACCUGGCCUGUAUGAAGCCAUUGCAGCCCAUUAUAUUCAGGUUUUGAAAUGCAGACAGCAGUGUGUCCUUGAAAUUGCCACAAAGCCGGGGCGGAUUUCUGCCACGGAAGAUUUCAUACCCUCUCAUCUUGAUUUACUGCAGUUUGCCUACGAUCAAGAGGAACAGGAGAAGCAAAAGCAGGAAACUCUGGAUGUGGAAGAGAUAGAGAAGAGGGGUCCUUUGCCGUUUGAGGGUAUUGCUGUCACGAUGGAUUCCCGACGGAUGAAUGGAACCCAGAGGGUUGUGUUUGACAGAGUGCUGACAGAGUCGGAGUGCAAGGACCUUCUCCGGCUUGCAAAGGCAGCAGGAGAAGCAGGAGAUGGCUACCGAGCAAGACGGUCGCCUCACACCCCACAUGAGAGAUUUGAAGGGUUAACUGUUUUGAAGGCCAUGCAACUGUCCCAGAAUGGGGACGUGAACUGGAGAGAUGCCAGAUUGCUUCUGCAGGCCAGUGAGAAAUCACGGAAAAUCAUAGAGUCCUAUUUUACUCCUGGAAAGAAACUCUAUUUCUCAUUCACACACCUUGUGUGCCGCACAGCUGUAGAGGAGGAACAGGAAGGUCGCAUGGAUCUUAGUCAUCCUGUCCAUGCUGAUAAUUGUCUCUUGGAUCCUGAGGGGCAAGAGUGCUGGAGAGAACCACCUGCCUACGUGUACAGGGACUACAGUGGCAUUCUCUACCUCAAUGAUGACUUCCAAGGUGGGGGUCUUUUCUUCACUGAAAUGGACACUGUGACUGUCACAGCUGAGGUGCGUCCUAAGUGUGGGAGGCUAGUAGCCUUCAGCUCUGGCAAGGAGAACCCCCACGGUGUGUGGGCAGUGAGGCGCGGAAGGCGCUGCGCCAUUGCUCUCUGGUACACACACUCCCAGGAGCAUGCUGAGCAGGAGCGGGUGAAGGCAGAGGAGCUGAUGGAGCAGAGGGCUGUGGAGCAGGACCGACCCAAUGGAGAAGAACAUCAGGGAGCUGAGCACAGCAGCAGAUCCUCCUCAGAGCCUCCUGUUCCCAACAGUGGAGCCAGGCCCAUGAGCCGGAGACAUAAGCCUGGCUCAGACAGGACGCAGCACCCCAAGGAGCUGCGGGCCAGAGAUGAGUUCUGAGUACGUGGGGCCUCAGGGGCAGGACUGGCACACACCAUGGCCUGGCAGGUCAUGGUAGCACCGGGACCACAGGGGCCUGGAGCAGUGUAUUAGCAUGCUAGAGCCGUAGUGAUGGGGAGGGAUGCAGCUUUCUUCUCUGUGACAUCCCAGCAGCUGAAAAAUGGGAGUAGGAACAGUGUAUUAAAAUCAGUGACACCAGGAACUUUCUUCACUGCC